CUUUUGGGUGUCUACUACAGUAAGGUUGAGGGUUUGGAACUCGAUCGAACGGUGCUCUCAGAAGGAAGAAAACGGCUGUUUCAAUCUGUGACACCGCCAAUCAACAGCGAUGCUCACACUUCACCGGCACCGUACUAGACAAGCUAGCUAGUAACCGCUUGGGAAUCCUUUCGAAGGUUGCCGCUCAUCUUCCUUGGGGCGAUGUCAAAAUCGGUCUUCACGAAGCCGACUUGAAAAACGAAGCUGGCAUUUACAAUCCUCAAGCUAUCAAGCUAUCAUCUGUUGAUGUGUUUUGGUUGACGCCAAGUCAUCACACAGUCUUCCUGUUGCUCUCCACUUCAUUCAUAUUGCCAUACUUUUGUAUUCUGCGAAAGAAGCCUCUUCACAACAACUAUAAACAUCCAUCUAUUCACACGGUAUCUAAUAAUAAAGAAGAAUGGUCGUCGGUACCAGUAUUCUGGCCAUCUUGGUGGCAAUGACUGCCAUUGCUGUUGGCAUGUUUGUAUCCUCCAAUCGCCUGGUGUUUGGAUUGCCCAUAGCCUCUGACACGGGAAACGACUAUUCCGAAUUCAUCAAAACGAAGGACGACGUCUUGAACUUUUACCUGGAGAAACAUCACCGCCAGAUUGGAGAUGACUUUGUGCCCUACAAAAAUCACUGUCUGCGAGUCUUGGCAUUCACCAAGUACCAUUUGGCGCAAAAGAAUGUCCAUUUGCCACCUCAUAUUUACAAUAUUGUCGCCAUGGCACUGGCAUACCAUGACAUUGCGCUCUGGACGGACGGAGAACUCAACUAUCUAGAGCCAUCUGUGCUACGAAUGAACGAACGUGUGUCGAGAGAAAUGAAAAUCUCCAAACAGGCCGAAGGAGAUGAAGGCACAGGCUAUGUCCCACAGGUCGUUCAUUGGGCGAGCUUUCAAAAUGAUGCCGAAGUCGCCAAAGCAAUCAUCAUGUACCAUCACAAAUUCACCGACUACGACUACCAAACGGACGAAACGGGAAAUCAAUCCGCAGCCAAGUUGGUCGACAAUAUGAAUGAGAUUGUCAAUGCCGUCCGGAAAGCGGAUUGGGCAGAUGCCACCAUGGGGAUUGUACGAUUUGGUUUGCCACAAGAAUUGCUGGCAAAGGCAUACGAGACCAUACCGGAAGCAGGCUUUCAUAAUGUACUCGUUGGCAUGGGGCCUCGAUUAUCACCCGACAAUGUCAUGGGUCAGCUGGAAGUCAUGAAAAUUAUCAAGUGGUAACUCCUGUAGAGGGUUACGUUGAACCCUGCAGGACGACACCCUGCCACACAACUGAGUAACUCCGAAAAACAAGAAAAAUGGGAUUGAAACGAACAUAGACCUACAACCAACCGCCUGGACGAGAAGAGUUCUACACCGGUGGCAAAAAGGGUGUGAAAGACGGGUCAGAUGACAAUCUACCGGUACAAUUGCAUGGUACAUUGUAGGCUAAACUCUUUAGGCUUUCUUAUGCAUAUU